AUGUUAUUAAUAUUGGCAUGUUCACAUGUUCGGUUUCAUUGGUCACUAGAGGUGUACGAAAAUGAACGUAUCGGUUAUGUUUUUAAGGAUCGAUCGCUGUUGGAGCUUGCUUUGACACAUCCGUCGUAUCGCACCAACUACGGCACCAACGCAGAUCAUGCGCGCAAUACGCUUAAUAAUUGCGCUAUAAGACAUAACAAAGCACGUAAUGUGCAUAAUAAUAACAAUGGUAGUAGCAAUAAUAAUAACAAUCAACAACAACAAAUUAGUAAUAAAAAGAGAGGAUUCCAUACGUUAAUGGAAAUAAUGUCGAAGUUGGGAUCGCGUAAAGUGGAGCAAUCGCCACUUAACCACAAUGAACGAUUGGAGUUUUUGGGUGAUGCGGUGAUUGAGUUCAUAACGACGAUUCAUUUGUUUUAUAUGUUCACCGAAUUGGACGAAGGCGGCUUAGCGACAUAUCGAUCCACAAUGGUGCAGAACAAGAAUCUCGCCUGUCUUGCCAAAAAAAUCGGACUAGACGAGUUCAUGUUGUAUGCACACGGUCCGGAUCUUUGUCAUGAAUCCGACCUGAGACACGCGAUGGCUAAUGCGUUUGAGGCGAUGAUGGCUGCGAUUUAUUUGGACGCUGGAAUUGAUCAGUGCGAUAGAAUAUUUGGAAAUGCGAUGUUCGGCGAUAAUAAAGAUCUUUUGAAUGCUUGGUUUGAAUUAGAAGAACAUCCGUUAAAGUGUUUACCUGUUACUAGUAAAGCAGCAUCAAAAAUUCAGCGUGAUAAUCCAUACGGCGAUCGACAUUUGAUAAAAGAAGUUCCCUCGUUGCAAUUGUUAACCGAAUUCGAAAAGAGUAUCGGCAUCACCUUCAAACACAUUCGUGUGCUGGCGAAGGCGUUCACUCGUCGAAAUAUUGGAUUCAAUAAUUUGACUUUAGGUCACAAUCAACGACUCGAGUUCUUGGGUGACACCGUAUUGCAAUUGAUAACGACUGAUUACCUCUAUAAGCACUUUCCGAUGCAUCACGAAGGGCAUUUGUCUAUAUUGCGCACGUGUUUGGUCAGUAAUAAGGUUAGUAUUUGUGCGNAUGGAAUUCCGAUUUUGAGAAUUAAGGAUAAGGCAGAUCUUGUCGAAUCGUUUCUGGGCGCAUUAUAUGUAGAUCGUGGUCUUGGAUAUUGUAAAAUAUUUUGUCGUGUUUGUUUCUUUCCACGUUUAAAGGUAUUACUUUAUUCAUUUGUUUAUUAA